AGCAAUGCACUGGCAUUCAGAAGCCGGUCAGUUGUGGACGCGUCCACCAAGUGUUUUGUGGUGCAUUUCUUAAGCGUUAAAAGCAUACUAAAGAGUUUGAACUGCAGUUAAGAUUCGCACAGCGCAUGCGCGCCAAUAAAUCGUGGGAAAAAGAAUAAAUAAUCCAAAUAAUAAAUAAUCAAAGAACAGAAAUUUAGUGUUAAAAAAAGUACAAAAAUGCAUUUGAGACAAGUUUUGUGUCACGCGUGUGUCUUCGUGUUCUUCUGCUGGGCCGUAUGCGCACAAGAUAUGACAUCAUCUGCAGCAACAGCGGCAAAAACCACAACUGUUGCGUUGGAAACAUCACCAGCAACAACAAGCACAACAUUAGAGGGCGCUAGCACUGCUGAAAUAUCAAGCACCGCCAGCUCUGUGCCUAUAAACACCCCUCCAACAACAAUUUCUGUUAAAACGAGUGAUGAGAGUAAAGCAGUCGACAGUGCUACGAGUGCUAAUGCAGCAGCGAGCACUUCGGAGCCGAAGAAAUAUUUCACAGUUGGCGAUCUACCCGUUUGCAAGCAAAGCAGCCCUGAAUUCAACGACUGCGUGAAAAAUCUCGUACAAAAGUCAUUGCAACGUCUUAAAAACGGCGAUCGCGAUUUGAAUAUACCGAUAAUCGAUCCGUACAAGCUAAAUCGCACGACAUUUCAGUAUACCAGUGGCACCAUACGCGGACGCAUAAUUAUGCGUGAUGGACUCACAUAUGGGUUCUCGAAAACGGAAAUCAAAUCGCUCGACUUGAAAAUAAAUGGCGAUAAAGUCACAAUGAAAUCGCUCUCAUAUGUCCCAGUGAUAAACAUCGUGGGCAAUUACAAGGCAGAAUUAAUACUUAACAAUAUACAAUUGCGGCCCAAGGGUGUCUUCAAUGUGUCGCUGGUGGAUGUGAAUAUUGACCAAACACAUGAGGGUACUUUCUACGAGGCGGAUGGUCAUCGUUUUGUGCGCAUGCGCAGAUUCGACGCUGAACCGAAAGUUGGCGACUUUAAGCUGUCGGCUACUGGUGUGUUUCCCGAUCCAACAUUAAAUGAGCUCGCUGUAAAUAUUGUGAAUCAAUAUUGGCGUCAAAUCUUUCAAGUUUUCUUGCCCGAAACACGCCAAUACUGGGGACCAUUGCUGCUGCAACAGCUCAAUGAAGUUAUGUCUGUUGUGCCAUACGAUGUUUUUGUUGUUGAUUAAUAUUUUUACUAAGACGGCAAUUUUUGAGUUCUAUUUUGCGGUUGCUGUGUAAAUUACGAAGAAACAGAGCAAGUUUGGCGCUUAAGUCUUUUGUUAAUAUUUCCACUGGUAGCCGUGUUUGGUUGAGUAUGUGUGCAAUAUGAAUAAAAUAUGAGGAGUAUGAAAUGAUUGUAAA